AUGAAAAGCAUCAACGAAUCUGCUUUGACCAGCAUAAAAUGGAAAGAAGAGCCUACACUAUUCUUCAAGUUUACUGGCAGUGAUGACUUCAUCGUCCAGCAUGUCGCCAAAAAGGUUGGCGUUAUCACAGAAAAGAAUCUCAGCACAGCAUAUACCUUUGCGUCAGACGAAACUGAGAGAAACGAGCUGUGGUCAGCGAGGAAGAACGCGCUUUGGAGUAUGCUUGCCAUGAGAAAAUCGCCAACAGAUAAGGUCUGGACGACCGAUGUGGCAGUCCCGAUGAGUAGACUCCCGGACAUUAUCGACUUUGCCAAGGACGAUAUUGAGAGGUCGGGCUUGCUGGGAUCCAUUGUGGGACAUGUGGGCGACGGUAACUUCCAUACACUGCUGUUAUUUCCGGAAGAUAAGCGACAAGUGGCUGAGGAUAUUGUCCAUAGAAUGGUUGAUAAGGCAAUAGAGAUGAAAGGGACGGCUACGGGUGAACAUGGCGUCGGGCUUGUUAAGCGAGAUUACCUGGAAAAGGAACUGGGCAAAGAAACUGUGGAUAUGAUGCGUUUGAUGAAGAAUGCGUUUGACCCAAUGUGCAUAUUAAACUGUGAUAAAGUGAUUCGCAUGUAA